UAGCUUUGAGAUGGCACUCGCUGGACUGCUGAGUGAAGCAGAAAUCUCGGCUGGCUUGCAAAGCUGCCAAGCUGCUGACUCCUUCAGUUGCAAGACCUUUUUUGCCAAGACGGGUCUGAACGUCAAAACUAAAGAGGAUCUGGCCAAGGUAUUUGGAGUCAUUGACCAGGACAAGAGUGGAUUCAUUGAGGAAGAAGAGCUAUUCAAAUUCCUGCAAAAUUUUAAAAACGGAGCCCGACUUUUGACUGAUAAGGAGACCAAGGAAUUCCUGGCCAAAGGUGACACUGAUGGAGACGGCAAAAUUGGAGUGGACGAGUUCAUAACCCUGGUUAAAUGUUAAAGCGAUCAAGAGGAAGACCAAGCUAAUUGUAUUGUAAAACACCCUUUCUUAUUGCAAGUCUACUAUUUAUUUAUACAUUUUAUACAGUGAAAUGGCAUUGACAGUUGCCAGUAUAUUGUGUCUUACUGUUAGAAGACUGUGUUAACUCGCGACACACGGCUUGAUCUUUAUCAUUGUCUAGUGUUGUACAUCUGUAGUUCAAAGGGCUCGACAUCAAACGAGAGACAACGUUGGAACCCAAGGAGAAGAACUUCUGAGCUUUGAUGUUUCAUUUGCAGUAGGCGCUAUUAGGAAUACUCAGUAAAUGUAAGAUUUCAAAGAGAUCGAGGGGUCAAGAGUUAACCGAUAUCCGUCUCCCUUCCAACUGAGGUCCAUGACGUGACAGAGGAAUAGAAAAAUCACAUUGAUUUUUGUUUAUGUUUAAACAAAAAUGUCCCCUGAGAAUGUUUAAACUGGCCUUCUUCCUGACAUAACCAGCUUCAUAAAAUGCCUUGCUAUAAUAACACUGGUGGAAUGGUUCAUUCAUACAUAUAAAGUGACUUCAUCAUUCAUGA